UCAGCCCAGCGCAGUAAAUCCUCAGUCCCCCUGGUUCUUGCUAUGGAGAGCAGCAAAGCCAACACUGGUACAUUGAGCCUUGAGUGUGUCAUUGGGUUUUAACGUUGCCUAUAAACCUGCAGACUCUGCACCCACUCAUUCAUCUCCAGCCCAGCAAGUCACCUAAACAUCAUGUCUGGAUAUUGCCACCCUGCCCUUCUGUUACUUGCCUUGGCAACCUUUGGCAUAGCAGAAGAUGCUGCCAUCCAGUGCCCCCCCUGCUCUCAAGAAAAGCUCAUCCGCUGCUCGGACCCUGUUGGGUGCCAAGAACUGGUGAAAGAGCCAGGUUGUGGGUGCUGUGCUACCUGUGCUCUCUCAAAAGGAGCUCCCUGUGGGGUGUACUCUGCCCGCUGUGGCUCUGGACUCCGCUGUUACCCCCCCAGGGGGAGCGAAAAGCCACUGCACACCCUCAUGCACGGGCAGGGUCUCUGCACUGAGAUUGGGGAGAUUGAUUCCAUCCUGGAAAGUUUUCCGACACCAGGUGGUGAACACCCCAAUAUAAGCAUCCACCCAUGCAGUGCACAGGACAGGAUUUGCCUCCAGAAACAUCAAGCCAAGAACCGGUACCAAAUGCAGAGUGGAAAGCACUUUACCAAGAACACCAACAAUGCACCCGUGACAGAAAUCCACUUGGGUUUGUGCCAGAAGGAUCUACACAGAGCUGUGGAGAAACUCUCCGCGUAUCAGACCAGAACCCAGGAGGAUUUCCUGAGUAUUCCUAUACCAAAUUGUGACCGCAAUGGGAAUUUUAACCCUAAGCAGUGUCACCCGGCUCUCGAUGGACAGCGUGGGAAGUGCUGGUGUGUGGAUCGGAAAACAGGGAUGAAGCUCCACAUUCCAUAUGACCCUGUCCUUGAUGCAGACUGUCAGUUGGCAUCUGAACGGGGAAAGGAAUGAAAGGGUCAUUCAUGCAGCUUAUAUGCCGCUCAAUGAAUCCUAAUAAAGGAAUCCAACUCUAACAGGACUUGUGGAACUAACCUUGACAACCAUAUCAAAACCAGCACCACAAAUGUAACCUCAUCUCUGCCAUACGGACCUGCAUGUACUAUGGGGCUUUGUAUCCAUUGUGCUGCUGGCCAUAUGACAGUGAAUGGGUUAUUAUACCACUUGAAGGGUUAAGGGGGUGGGUGGGAUUAUAUUAUGUUUUUUAUUUAAUUGCUAUUGGGUUUUAAGGCAUCUAAGAAUGGGCUGGCCUUUAGUGGGUGGCUGAUGCUUAGCACAUUAAGCUUAAGGGCCAGAUUCAAUUCAGUGAGAAAAAGUUUUAUCACAUGAAAAGUCAUGAACAAGAUUCAAUUUGAGAUGCAAUUCAAUUCAGAAAAACUUAUCUCAUGGUUUAUCACGUGAAAACUCUAUUGAAGUCUAUGGGAAAAAACUGGAACUGAAUUUGGAGAAAAGUUUUUUUCUCCUUGGAUUGAAUCUUGUCCAUGACUUUUCACGUGAUAAACCAGGAGAUACCUUUUUCUCACUGAAUCGAAUCUGGCCCUGUGACUGAAACCAGAGUGUGAUCAUUUUUUGUGAGUGUGUUGGGUGCUAAAAUGAUAGAAUACACGUGGGGUGUGUUAAACGGAGGGAGAGAGGAUUUAUGGGAAGUGAAUACAGGGGGCAUUUAGAACAAUUCGAUUACUUGUAGGGCGGGGGAGGUUAUAAGGUGUGGAACAGUAUGCAGAUAUAUAAGGUAAGCUAGUAGGAAUAAUGGGGAGCAAUAAGGAGCAUUAUUAGGGUGCUUUCAUAGGGAUCACAAAGCUAAAAUGUCACUUUUUUUGCUACAAACUAUGCAAAUGUGUUUAUUUUACCAAGGCCUUCGAUUUUUGCCGAAUUCUAGUCUUUUCCUCUGUGGCUGCCAUUAACAACAGACUGGUAUGCAGUUUAUUUGCCGGGGACCAAUAAAUAAAGUUAAAAAAAAGAGGGGGACAGAGGCACCCCUUCCUGUGGAUCAAGAUGCUUCCAUCAUUUAAACCUAAGCAGAGUCUUAAACCUUCAAGAACCAGUUGGACCCUGCGACGCAUCGACACGUCUAGAGUUUGCGACAGGCCUAAGGCAACGUAGCGUCAGAGUGUUUCAAUGUACAUAUCUACUAUGUUUGAAAUGAAAUGUGAACAAUAAAGACACUGUUACAUUAUUUCUUA